GUAAUUUAAUCGGCGAACCGCAAAAUUGAAUUAUUUAUUAUUCGGUUCGUUUGUAAAACACAAUUAUUCGGCGACCGAAUGGCAGCAGUCGACGUCUUUUUUGGUGCGACUCCGAAUCGGUGCGGUGCCGCAAAUUCGCAUAUUUAAAACUAAAAAAAAAACACUAUCACACUUUAGUGAUAUCCUCAGCAGUUGUGUCGCAGCGCUGAUAUUGCCCGGUCUCAUUCUGCAUCGCCGUGUAAUUUCGUCGCGCGCUCGAACAUAAAAUCGACACAAAUGGGCGCCCUAGCCCCGCCCGUAGUAACCAUAGAGCAGACAAAAUGUUCGCUGUGAUGCAAAUCGACGAGGAUCGCACCAGGGACUUCAGGCGUAAACUGCGCCCAAAAUGCGAGUUCGUCUGCAAGUAUUGCCAACGUCGGUUCACCAAGUCCUACAACCUGAUGAUUCACGAACGCACCCACAAGAGCCCCGAGCUGAGCUUCAGCUGCGAGGUCUGCGGGAAGAGUUUCAAAAGGCAGGACAAUUUGCGUCAGCACAGAUGUAGUCAAUGCUUGUGGCGGUGAAGGUGAAGGAGAUAGCACGAUUCAUCAACUGCGGUCUCUCUUA